AUGGACGGGCGAGAUCCGAACGCGCCACAGAACUCAGAGCAGAGUUCUCAAACCAACGGCACCGGCCGUAGCCACAGACGGGCGGGCGGGCGUGAAGCCACCAAUACGGGAACCGAAACUGCGGAGUACUACCAGACAUUCCUCUCCCGCCUCCUUGCCGUGGUCUCGCAUGGACAGCCAGAGGUCGUCGACAGGUUGAUUGAGAUCAUUCGCUCAGGCGCGUCCCAGCAACAAAUUUUCGACGCAUUGGCGGAACUUGCAGCAGAUAACAACCCUUAA